CUCCGCGCACACCGCGUCCCAGCCCGGCCUCCCGCUCCUUUCUGCCAAACCGCUCACUUGCCAGCCCUUCGCCCCCGGGAAGAAGAAACAUUUCCCGGAGCGCACUCCUCAGCCCUCACUCCCCCCCCGCGCUCGCCCUCCCCCUCCCCCCGCCCCUUUCUUUCUUUCUUGGGGGAGGGGGGGCUGUCGCCUCGGAUUGAAGGCCAUUGAUUUGUAUGUAUUUGUCCCGGCGCCGGAGGCUGCCCCAGCCGCCCGCGCGGGUGCCGCCGCCGCCGCCAGUGGAGUUGCCUCCCUGCUUCCCUAGGGUGGUUAAGCUCCACCAAACAUGUCGGCUCCGGUCGGGCCGCGGGGCCGCCCGGCUCCCACCCCGGCGGCCUCUCAGCCGCCCCUGCAGCCCGAGAUGCCCGACCUCAGCCACCUCACGGAGGAGGAGAGGAAAAUCAUCCUGGCCGUCAUGGAUCGGCAGAAGAAAGAAGAGGAGAAGGAGCAGUCGGUGCUCAAGGUCAAAGAAGAGCACAAACCACAACCGACACAGUGGUUUCCCUUUAGUGGGAUCACUGAACUGGUAAAUAACGUUCUUCAGCCCCAGCAAAAACAACAAAAUGAAAAGGAGCCCCAGACAAAACUUCAUCAGCAGUUUGAAAUGUACAAGGAGCAGGUGAAGAAGAUGGGAGAAGAAUCACAACAGCAGCAAGAGCAGAAGGGUGAUGCCCCAACCUGUGGUAUUUGCCACAAAACAAAAUUUGCUGAUGGAUGUGGCCAUAACUGUUCAUAUUGCCAAACAAAGUUCUGUGCUCGUUGUGGAGGUCGAGUGUCAUUACGCUCAAACAAGGAGGACAAAGUGGUUAUGUGGGUAUGUAAUUUGUGCCGAAAACAACAAGAAAUCCUCACUAAAUCAGGAGCAUGGUUUUAUAAUAGUGGAUCUAACACAUCACAGCAACCCGAUCAGAAGGUUCUCCGAGGACUGCGGAAUGAGGAGGCACCUCAGGAGAAGAAAGCAAAAGUGCAUGAGCAGGCCCAGUUCCAAGGACCCUCAGGUGACUUAUCUGUACCUGCAGUGGAGAAAAGUCGCUCUCAUGGGCUCACAAGACAGGAUUCUAUUAAAAAUGGGUCAGGAGUGAAGCACCAAAUUACCAGUGACAUAGCUUCAGACAGGACACGAAGUCCAUCCGUAUCCCGAGAUCAGAAUAGAAGAUACGACCAAAGAGAAGAAAGAGAAGAAUAUUCGCAGUAUGCUACUUCAGAUAACGCCAUGCCUAGGUCUCCAUCAGAUUAUGCUGAUAGGAGGUCUCAGCGUGAACCUCAGUUUUACGAAGAGUCUGACCAUAUAAAUUACAGGGACUCCAGCAGGAGAAGUCAUAGGCAUUCCAAAGAAUACAUUGUAGAUGAUGAGGACGUGGAGAGCAGAGAUGAAUAUGAAAGGCAACGGAGAGAGGAGGAAUACCAGGCACGCUAUCGAAGUGACCCGAAUUUGGCCCGUUAUCCAGUAAAGCCACAGCCCUAUGAAGAACAAAUGCGUAUUCAUGCGGAAGUGUCCAGAGCAAGGCAUGAGAGAAGGCAUAGUGAUGUUUCUUUGGCAAAUGCUGAACUGGAAGAUUCUAGGAUUUCUAUGCUGAGGAUGGAACGGCCAUCAAGGCAAAGAUCUAUAUCUGAACGUAGAGCUGCCAUGGAAAAUCAGCGAUCUUACUCAAUGGAAAGAACUCGAGAGGCUCAGGGACCAAGUGCUUAUCCACAAAGGACCACAAACCAUAGUCCUCCCACCCCCCGGAGGAGUCCAAUACCCAUUGAUAGACCAGACCUGAGACGUACUGACUCACUGAGGAAACAACACCACUUAGACCCCAGCUCUGCUGUGAGGAAAACAAAACGGGAAAAAAUGGAAACAAUGUUAAGGAAUGAUUCUCUCAGUUCCGACCAGUCAGAGUCAGUGAGACCUCCACCACCAAAGCCUCAUAAAUCAAAGAAAGGAGGUAAAAUGCGCCAGGUUUCAUUGAGCAGUUCAGAAGAGGAAUUAGCUUCCACACCUGAAUACACGAGUUGUGAUGACGUUGAGAUUGAAAGUGAGAGUGUAAGUGAGAAAGGGGACAGUCAAAAGGGAAAAAGAAAAACUAGUGAGCAGGCAGUUUUGUCGGACUCUAACACCAGGUCUGAGAGACAAAAGAAAAUGAUGUACUUUGGUGGCCACUCUUUGGAAGAGGACUUGGAAUGGUCUGAGCCUCAGAUUAAGGACUCUGGGGUAGAUACCUGUAGUAGCACAACCCUUAACGAGGAGCAUAGCCAUAGUGAUAAGCACCCUGUGACGUGGCAGCCAUCUAAAGAUGGAGAUCGUUUAAUUGGUCGCAUUUUGUUGAAUAAGCGUCUAAAAGAUGGAAGUGUGCCUCGAGAUUCAGGAGCAAUGCUUGGCUUGAAGGUUGUAGGAGGAAAGAUGACUGAAUCAGGUCGGCUUUGUGCUUUUAUUACCAAAGUAAAAAAAGGAAGUUUAGCUGAUACUGUAGGACAUCUUAGACCAGGUGAUGAAGUAUUAGAAUGGAAUGGAAGGUUUUUGCAAGGAGCCACAUUUGAAGAAGUGUAUAACAUCAUUCUGGAAUCCAAACCUGAACCACAAGUGGAGCUUGUUGUUUCAAGACCUAUUGGAGAUAUCCCUAGAAUCCCUGAUAGCACACAUGCACAACUGGAGUCCAGUUCUAGCUCUUUUGAAUCUCAAAAAAUGGAUCGCCCUUCUAUUUCCGUUACCUCUCCCAUGAGUCCAGGCAUGUUGAGGGAUGUUCCACAAUACUUAUCUGGACAACUUUCAAGCCAAAGCCUUAGUAGAAGAACAACGCCUUUUGUUCCUAGGGUUCAGAUAAAACUAUGGUUUGACAAGGUUGGUCAUCAAUUAAUAGUUACGAUUCUGGGAGCAAAGGAUCUCCCUUCCAGGGAAGAUGGGAGGCCAAGGAAUCCUUAUGUCAAAAUUUACUUUCUUCCAGACAGAAGUGAUAAAAACAAGAGAAGAACAAAAACAGUAAAGAAAACAUUGGAACCCAAAUGGAACCAAACAUUCAUUUAUUCCCCGGUCCACCGAAGAGAGUUUAGGGAGCGAAUGCUAGAGAUUACGCUCUGGGAUCAAGCUCGAGUUCGAGAGGAAGAAAGUGAAUUCUUAGGAGAGAUUUUAAUUGAAUUAGAAACAGCAUUAUUAGAUGAUGAGCCACAUUGGUACAAACUUCAGACCCAUGAUGUUUCUUCAUUACCACUUCCCCACCCUUCUCCAUAUAUGCCACGACGACAGCUCCAUGGAGAGAGCCCAACAAGAAGGUUGCAAAGGUCAAAAAGAAUAAGUGAUAGUGAAGUUUCUGACUAUGACUGUGAUGAUGGAAUUGGUAUAGUAUCAGAUUAUCGACACAAUGGUCGAGAUCUUCAAAGCUCUACAUUAUCAGUGCCAGAACAAGUAAUGUCAUCAAACCAUUGUUCACCAUCAGGGUCUCCUCACCGAGUAGAUGUUAUAGGAAGGACUAGAUCAUGGUCACCCAGUGUCCCUCCUCCACAAAGUCGGAAUGUGGAACAGGGACUUCGAGGGACGCGCUCUGCUGCUGGACAUUAUAAUACAAUUAGCCGAAUGGAUAGACAUCGUGUCAUGGAUGACCAUUAUUCUCCAGAGAGAGACAGUCAUUUUCUUACUCUACCUCGCUCCAGAUACAGUCAGAACAUUGAACAUCAUCACAGGGAUGGCAGGGAUUGUGAAGCAGCAGAUAGACAGCCAUAUCACAGAUCCAGAUCAACAGAACAACGGCCUCUCCUAGAGCGGACCACCACCCGCUCCCGAUCCACUGAGCGUCCUGACACAAACCUCAUGAGGUCGAUGCCUUCAUUAAUGACUGGAAGAUCUGCCCCUCCUUCACCUGCCUUAUCGAGGUCUCAUCCUCGUACUGGGUCUGUCCAAACCAGCCCGUCAAGUACUCCAGUGGCAGGACGAAGGGGCCGACAACUUCCACAACUUCCGCCAAAGGGAACAUUGGAGAGAAACAAUGGAGUCAAGGAGAUAGAACCUUAUGAAGAAGAAGUGGACUCCACAAGGAGAAGACAUGCAGGUGCUAUGGAUAUAGAGGAGAGAAAUCGCCAAAUGAAAAUUAACAAAUACAAACAGGUAGCCGGAUCAGAUCCCAGACUGGAGCAAGAUUACCAUUCAAAGUAUCGAUCAGGAUGGGAUCCUCAUAGAGGGGCAGAUAAUAUUUCCACUAAAUCUUCGGACAGUGAUGUAAGUGAUAUAUCUGCGGUUUCAAGGACUAGUAGUGCUUCUCGUUUCAGCAGCACGAGCUACAUGUCUGUCCAAUCAGAACGGCCAAGAGGAAACAAGAAAAUCAGUGUCUUUACAUCCAAAAUGCAAAGCAGACAAAUGGGCAUCUCCGGCAAGAACAUGACCAAAAGCACCAGCAUCAGUGGAGACAUGUGCUCGCUGGAGAAGACGGACGGCAGCCAGUCGGACACGGCGGUGGGGGCGUUGGGCACCGGCGGCAAAAAGCGGCGCUCUAGCAUUGGGGCCAAAAUGGUAGCUAUUGUUGGCCUCUCCCGGAAAAGUCGCAGUGCUUCUCAGCUCAGCCAAACGGAAGCAGGAGGUAAAAAGCUACGGAGCACUGUCCAGAGGAGCACGGAAACGGGCCUGGCUGUGGAGAUGAGGAACUGGAUGACCCGCCAGGCAAGCCGAGAAUCGACCGACGGCAGCAUGAACAGCUACAGCUCGGAAGGAAAUCUGAUUUUCCCUGGUGUCCGCCUGGCCUCCGAUAGCCAGUUCAGCGAUUUCCUGGAUGGCCUUGGCCCUGCCCAGCUAGUGGGGCGCCAGACUCUGGCUACACCUGCAAUGGGUGACAUUCAGGUAGGAAUGAUGGACAAAAAGGGACAGUUGGAGGUGGAAAUCAUUCGGGCUCGUGGCCUUGUUGUAAAACCAGGUUCCAAGACACUGCCAGCACCAUAUGUGAAGGUGUAUCUUUUGGAUAAUGGAGUCUGCAUAGCCAAAAAGAAAACAAAGGUGGCGAGAAAAACACUGGAACCCCUUUACCAACAGCUAUUAUCUUUCGAAGAAAGUCCCCAGGGGAAGGUUUUACAGAUCAUUGUCUGGGGAGAUUAUGGUCGCAUGGAUCACAAAUCCUUUAUGGGAGUGGCCCAGAUACUUUUAGAUGAACUGGAGCUAUCCAAUAUGGUGAUUGGAUGGUUCAAACUUUUUCCCCCUUCUUCCCUAGUAGAUCCAACUUUGGCCCCUCUGACAAGAAGAGCUUCCCAAUCCUCUCUGGAAAGUUCAACCGGACCUUCUUACUCUCGUUCAUAGCAGCUGUAAAACUGUUGUCAUAGCAACCAGCGUUACAAAAAAAAAUAAAUAAAUAAAUAAAAAAUAAAAAACAACCCACAGGUCGCAAACCCUGGUAACACUGCAUGCUUAAUGUUGUGUCUUCUGAGCCUGUUUCUAGGGAUACAAAGCGAUCCUGUGUUCUCAGAGGAAGUUGCACACAUUGUGCCCUAAAGAUGGUCCUCAGGUCAAAGAGCAGAGUUAUGAAGAACUAUCAGGCUUGGAGUUCAAGAACACUUGAGUUUGGGUCCAAUCUGAAGCCAUGGAUUAAUCUCAAAGAAUCAGUCAGUUUCAUGCAACAAAAGCCCUUUUCAAUGGCACCUUUCUAUUUUUAUCGUUCCUUUUUCUUCAUUUCUCUGACCCCAAAGCCCUAUUAUGCCACAGAAAUGGAGCUAUACAGUCAUGAAGCCAUGUUACAAGUCAAAGAGUGAAGUCCUCGGAAGCAUCAGGUGAAAAGCGGGAGACCAAAGAAGUGGUCCGGAACAGACAUCCGCCCUCCUCUGCACAGGGACCAGGAGCAGCCCGUCCAGCGUAAGCCGUGGCCAACUUCAGAGCUCCAGCAGGCACGCCACUCCCUAAGGCCACGAUGUGUUGGACUCUGAAAAACAAAAUUCUGUGGCUCCACUGUACUGAAUGAAAUUAAAGAAACUUUUUUUGCAUGGACACAGAUUAGCUGAAUACUUAAAUUAUUUUCUUGGGGCUGCAACUUGCAAAAAAAAAAAAAAAAAAAAGAAUAAAAAUCAGCCAUUUUCAACAAUUUAUAUUAUUUUUAAAAAUAAAUUUCACUAUUGCAUGGUUUUAAAAGGGGAAGAGAAUGCAACAGGGUGGCACAAAGACACACCAUGUUUAUUCUUUAAUCAUAGUCUGUGUUUUGGCAGACAUUACAAAUGAGAAUACUUUCUAGAAGAUACUUAAAAUUCUCUUUAUGUGACAAAUAAGCAUACUAUAUUCAAUUUAUUUCCAUGUUAAAUAUACAAAUCUUAUAAAGUUCAAUAUGUGCAAAUUGUUCACAUCUUUCUUCCUCUUCUGUCUCACUUUUCCUCUCUUCUCUUUUAAUCUUUCAUUUUCUUUCUCCCUACCAGAGUGAACAUUAUACUAAAAGAUCACAAGUUUUUGACCUGAUACUCCUUAUACCCCCUGUUUGAUUCAGAGCUGUAGAUGCUUCUGAAUUUAUGAAUUUCUCAAGAGAAAAAAAAAAAAACACCAAAAACUAAGAGCUUUCUUUAUUUCAAGCAUGUUGAAAAGGAUUUUGCAACAUGACUUGGGAGUACAUUCAAGUAAGUCAGCAUGUAUUUGAUAAAGAAGAUAUUUGAACUUUUGCAAUUUAUUGUACAGUGCAUGGGACUUUUCUUUUCACCUUCAAAGUUCAGUUUACAGGAAAACCCUAAAAUCAUAUGCCCAUUGUAAUGUCUAAUAAAUUUGUUUUUAGCACCAGCAUUAUUCAUACAGGGGUUAAAAUAUUAUUUCUAGAAGGUCUUAGGUUUUGUUUUUUAAUUAAUUAAAGCAAUUUCUUUAGCCAAUUUCCAUUUACUAUGUGAAUAGAAAAACACUGCUAAAAAUUUGGAGCCUGAAACACAGGGCUGUUUAUUAAUUCAUUUUUCUGUAGUAAAAUACAAUUUUUCACAAAUUAUAUUUCUAAAGAAAUAUAGUAAACAUAAAUAUGCAACAAAUAAUUUUAAAGCUCCAAUUUUUAGGUGACUCAAAGAAAGUCAGUCUGCCUAUUAAUAGUUCUUUGAUGCCAUCACCAAAAGUCUACACCCCGAGUCCCCCAAGGUCAAACCCCUGCCUUUGGUUUUACAGACAGUCAUUACCAUUGGGUGGUGCUGCAAGGUCAAGUUUCUCUUAAGUUCCCCUCUUGAGAGGAAGAGUCACUGAUUAAUAUAAUGAAGCCACCCAUACUUUCUGUUUCUUUACGUACACUUUGAUAACACAUUCCUACAGGUUGAUUUUAAUUUCUUGCAGAAACUUUUGAAAUUCACAUACAUACCACUUAAGGCCAUGCACAAAAAUUGCUUUCUUCUUUCUUUCUUUUUCUUUUUUUUUUUUUUCCUUUUUAAAUUCCAUGCUGGCCAUUAAAAACCAUCAUGCUUGAUAUGGUGCAAAAGUUAAAAUGAGUAUCACUAAAAAUGCCUUCUCUUUAUGUGGUGCAAUAUGAAAUACACCGAGACUGUGUCUUGACCUUGUGUGAUCUACGAUGGCCCCAGGUAAAGUUGUCAAAAGAACGAAUAAAACUCUAUGGAAAUAAUUUAGACACUUAUGUACCAGCAGCAAUUAAUUUAAUAGACCUGUAGUGUCUAUACUUUCCCUUAGAAUAAACGUUUACCAUUUUCCUGAUACGAAGAUGCAGUCACAUAAUUUUUUGUGCAUAUUCCUAUAAAAAUUAUUUCUAAUUUUAAUAAGAAGGACAUGACUGUAUGGAAUAUUUGUACAUACUUGUCAUUAUGCAGUAUUUAUUUAAAAAGUGGGUGUAUUUUUUUUUAAUUUUCACAUGUCUGCACCUCGACUUGUGGUUUAGUCGUGUAAAUAGCACUACUCCAGUGACCAUUGCUGCCCUGUACAUAGUAUGUUUUAAAAGUAAAGGGAAUUCCAGUUGGAAAAAAAAAAAAAAAAAAGGGCAGAUUAGUCCUGUAACGAACACCAACUAAUGUAAAUCACAUUCAUUCUGGUGAUGGUAUUUAACACUUUAAAUAAAACAUUUUCUUUACAGACGUUG